CCGGAACAAAACAAACCCUUUACAACGAUUAGAUGUAUCAAUAAUCACUUUAUGCCUCUCAACUCCACGGUGGACUUGGUACUCCGACCGCCGUCUGUGUAAAUAUCCUGUUCAAAUAAACGACGGUCGCCGGAGUUGGGAACAGUGAACAUUCAACGAAAGUCCGUCGACUUGCAUUCCGCCCUUCUUCUUCUUCUCCGAUUCGUAGGUUCAUCGCGCUAAUUUCAGUCGCUUCGUUUUCUCAUUCACGGAUCUGAGUGUACGGUUUGUAGCUAGCGAUGGAUGAUGAUGCUACGAAUCCAUUCCGACGCAUGUCGAGCCGCAAUCGUAAGGUUGCUCCUAAGAUGGUUGCUGCCCUAGCGAGCAGCGACAACCGUACUCAGGCAGCUCUUGCUCGUCUCGAGGCACUGGAAAAUGAUAAUGCCGGAGUGGAAGCAGUCGAAAACAUUGACGAUGAGGAUGCUUCUCUCGAUGAUGAUGAGCAAGCAUACAUACAGAAGCGGCAAUCAAAGGGCACUAAGCGCAAAACUAGACAGGCAAAAGCACUUGAAGCUAAGAAGGCUCCCAAAACUUUUAUGGAGCUUCUGCACGAGGCAAAUUUGGAGUCUUUGCCUCCACAUGUUCCAUCAUACUUAAAGGCAGCCGUCGGACCUCCAAGCUCGACCUCCCGCCGGCAUUUCUGCACGGUUUGUGGUUUUGCUGCUAGCUACACGUGCAUAAGGUGUGGAAUCCGCUUUUGUUCCUGUCGUUGCCAGAAUAUACAUAAUGAUACUCGUUGUUUGAAAUUUGUUGCCUGAUAGUGAUAGGUGGGAGGCUUGUAGAUUGUAGUGAACUCGCUACUCAAUUCUCUGUAAAUUACAAUGUAGCUAUAAUACUUUUUUUUGUGAUACACAUUCAGCUUGUUCUAUCAAUUAAGAGCUUGUUUGGAAUGACUUUCAGAUGCAAUCCCGUGAAUGCCAUGAGACAAGCUAUCUCAUGACGAAGAUGGUAUCGAGGUCAUUUUUAUCGUAA